AUGCCGACAUUCAAUGAAUCGGUCUUUGGAUGGGUGGUGUGCGGAGGUCAAACAAAACCCACGGAGAGCCUACGUGUUAACUGUAGCACGGCAACUACAGCAACUUUGGAAAAGUUGAUUGCACGGUUUUGGGCUAGUGAAGAAGUUGGUACUUCGAAGAUUCUUUCCACCGAGGAGCAACGGUAUGAGGACGUCGUUUCGAGGAUUGGUGAGUCGCGGGACAUCGCCUACCGGCGUUUUCUAGGCACGAAGGGCAGAUUAGACAGCGAUGCUGAUUUACGGAAACAGUAUCAUCAGUUUAUGGCAGAGUACAUACAGGUGGAAUACAUAACAAAAGUAAAGGAUACAACAGAGUCCGAGAAACGUUGUUUUCUACCACAUUAUCCCGUCAUCAAAGAAGCUAGCACCACCACGAAGGUUUGUGUGGUCUUUGAUGCGUCGUGCAAAACGUCGUCAGGUGUAUCGCUGAACGAUGCUUUGCUGGUGGGUCCAAUCGUCCAAGAAGACCUUCGAUCGAUCAUGCUUCGAAGUCGCAUGAAGCAAAUAAUGCUGGUGGCUGACGUGGAAAAGAUGUUUCGGCAAAUCUUCAUUUAUCCGGAGGAUCGACAUCUUCAAUGUAUACUUUGGCGUUUCGACACCGGUGCGGCUAUUGAUGUGUAUCAGCUGAAUACUGUCACCUACGGGACAAAACCUGCGCCUUUUCUAGCGACACGCACUUUCAAUCAGCUGGCAACUGAAGAGAAGCUACAGUACCCGCUGGCUGCUAGAGCAGUUACAGAAGAUACGUACAUGGAUGACGUUAUCACAGGAGCGGAUACGAUUCAAGCAGCAAGCGAAGUUCGGAAGCAGUUGGAGGAAAUGACCUCUAAGGGAGGAUUUCGGCUGAGGAAAUGGGCUUCCAACAAACUGGAGGUACUGGAGGGAGUUGCCGAGGACAAUUUGGCAAUUCGUCUGUCAGAAGGAAUUAACCUGGACCCUGAUCCGACUGUCAAAACACUCGGACUGACAUGGAUGCCGAAUACCGAUCAACUGCGAUUCCAAUUCGACGUUCCAGCAUGUCCCAUCACCUCACAACUGUCAAAACGGCAAGUGCUGUCGGUGAUUGCGUCGCUAUUCGACCCACUGGGACUCAUAGGUGCAGUUAUUACCACGGCCAAGGCAAUAAUGCAGCUAUUGUGGAAGAUCAAGGAUACCAACAAUCAGGCAUUGGAUUGGGACCAGCCGUUACCUUCGACGGUGGGUGAGUUGUGGAGAUCCUAUUAUGACCAACUUCCCAUAUUGAACGAACUCCGUAUCGAUCGCUGUGUGGUGGUUUCCAGAGCGGUAGUAGUCGAAAUCCAUUGCUUCUGCGAUGCUUCGACCAAAGCAUUUGGCGGCUGCGUGUACAUCAGGAGUGAAGACCAUGAAGGAGAAGUGAAAGUCCGGUUGUUGUCUUCGAAAUCAAAGGUGGCACCGUUGAAGACACAGUCCAUCCCAAGGCUGGAGCUUUGUGGAGCAUUGUUAACAGCACAACUGUACGAGAAGGUUCGGGAAUCAAUCAAAAUACCAGUUCGAGCGUUUUUCUGGUCCGAUUCCACCUGUGUAUUGCGUUGGAUCCAAGCAUCACCGAAUUUGUGGAAUACGUUCGUGGCAAAUCGUGUUGCGAAAAUUCAAUCUAUAGCUAAUCCGUCACAGUGGCAGCAUGUUGCAGGCAAGGAUAAUCCGGCGGACUUGAUUUCUAGAGGUAUCAAUCCAAAAGAUAUUGUAGAGAAUACUUUCUGGUGGGAGGGACCGGAAUGGCUGAAACAAGAGCGGGAAGGCUGGUCAUGUUCAUCAGCGGAGUUGACUUCGGAACAAGUGGAUCAAGAGCGGCGACGAGAAAUGGUAUCCUGUUCGGUUUCGGUGGAAGCAGAGUUCAACGAAUGGUAUUUGGGGAAAUUUUCGUCCUAUUCGGACCUCAUUCGCCGAACUGCGUAUUGGUUGCGGUUAAUGGAGCUACUUAGAACAGACGUGCAGAACCGUGUUGCAGCAAGAAGUCCUUUGUCUACCAGAGAGCUGGCCGCGGCAGAGCUGACCCUAGUUCGGCGAGUGCAGAGAGAAACCUUUGGAGGAGAGUGGAAAGCACUUGCUAAGGGAGAAGAAGUGUCUAGGCGAUCCCCACUUCGCUGGUACCACCCGUACAUCUCGGAUGACAACGUGAUUCGUGUCGGCGGCCGCCUUGGGCAUUCAGUGGAGACCCAUGAUGCAAAACAUCCGCUGGUCCUACCAGCACGUCAUCAAUUCACACGGAUGGUUCUUCAGCAUUUCCAUUUGAAGCUUCUGCAUGCUGGUCCUCAGCUGUUACUUGGUGCGGUUAGGCUCCGGUUUUGGCCUUUGGGAGGUCGAAAUAUGGCACGUUACAUUGUGCAUCAAUGCAUGAAGUGUUUCCGAUGUAAACCUCCACCAAUUCAGCAGUUCAUGGGAGAGCUGCCAGCACCACGAGUCACAGUAUCACGACCAUUUUCGCAAACCGGUGUGGACUUUUGGUCCACUCUACAUCAGACCAGCACCUCGUAA